AUGUGGCCGACAGAGGGCGGCGGUAAGAACCGAUAUGGUGGGAAAGGAGAGAGAAGAAGACUGGGGGCGGGAGGUUCUCGCCGCCAACGGGAUGCUCGAACCCGCCUAGAGCGCGAGAGGUUGCGAGAGAGACGAAGGCGGAAGGAGCCAGAGGAGAAAGAAAAGUGGCACCGGGACGGAUGGAGACUUAUUCGACGACGGCCAUGUUACCGCCGUCCGCCUGGCAGACGUCCCCGUCGGAUGUGACCAGUACGUCUCCUCCACGGCCUGUGGGGGAACCCUAAGGGAUUACUUCAGGUGCGGCUACAAGGGCAUCCGGCAUCUCUCUCUCAAGGGACCCCAAGGGCAUCAAUAACUCCUUCGCCCCUCGCCGAUUCGAAAGGAGGGAUAACCAUGGCCCCUCUCACUCUCUCUCUCUCUCUCUCUCUCUCUCUCUCUCUCUCUCUCUCUCUCUCUCUCAUACGGUCCCGUAAAUUGCUAGGGUUUCCCGUCGUUAUGCGGAGAAGAAGAGACAAGCAAGGUCUUAUACAUGGAACACUCUCGAAACAGUCUUGAUCUUGAAGUCAGCGUAGAUAUCACCAUCUACAGGGGUACAUUGAAUCCGUGUAGCUGACUAAUUCCAUACCACAAAGCUGUUUUUCUUCAAUGUUGGCUGAGGCCAGAGGGCGUUCCUUGUUUGGUAAUUAAGAGGCUCACCUCUGACGUUUGACUUCCUUUGGGGCCUUGUCCACAUUAGGAAAAAUUUAAGGAAGCUAGAGACAUGCGGGCAGAAACUAUCUUCCUUCACUCUUGACCUCUCCAAAUGGCAUUUCCUUUCUUGUGAUCAAGAUAUUAAUGGGGUGAGGUUGACUUUCUGAGGUUUAAUUCUCUACAUGGUGACUGUCUUCACAUCUUUUAGAUGAUGUAUAUGCAUAGUAUGUUACUAAAAAAGGCAAAAACUUGGUAGGCAUGCCCACAGCCUAGUGAAAUCCAUGAAUAUUCCUGGAGAAUCGAAUCAUAUCUAAGAUACAUUAAUUUAUAACUAUGUGUCAUUAUCAUGUAGGAAAAAUAUUCUCGUGCAAAUGGGCGACCAGGUGACGAUGAAGAACAGCGAUGGUGAUGAUGAUAAUGAUACUAAACUUAACUUAAUUUUCUUCCUUGUCUAAUAAGUUACGUAUUUUCACACGUUGACUUCUGGGUUAGUUUCAACUUCUUGAAAAUUGCCCACUUCUGAAGACGUAUGGCCGAUGAAUGGCCCGUUAAGAAGAGAUGGUUGGAAUAAUCCGAUCCUUUAACAUGUGA